AUGUUCAUGCUAAGACUGGGCCGAUGUGUGGAUGUGUUGUACUCAUCGAUGCAAACCAUGCAUAUGCUAAGACUGGGCCGAUGUGUGGAUGUGUUGUACUCAUCGAUGCAAACCAUGCAUUUGCCGGACCCGACACUCAGAGUUACGCUAACAGCGUCUCGAAUCGCAUCUUCUCUAUACCUGCUGUGCGAUCACAUGCUAUGGUUGAGUGGGACGGGACUCGUGGCCAUGGAUUCAAAGCAAUGGUCGCAAUGGAGUAAUAAGUUUUGGUUGUAUUCAAUUACCAUGAAUUUGGUGCGAGAUGUCUAUGAAAUAAGCAAUUUAUUGAAAGCCAAUACUUAUGUGACGUCACAAAAGCAUUACUUCGGACACUCAUCUCGUAUUGAUGUAAUUCCUGGCAAUCCUUUAGACUCGUCUCCCAAUCAAUACUUAAAGCUAAUUGAAUGGAUUGUCAGACAUAAGAAUGUAUGCGUCGAUACACUGAAGAAUUUUUGUGAUUUAUGGAUACCAAUGACCGCUUUGGGUCACACAAGACUGUCGGCGCAAACCAUAGGCUUUUUAGGCUUAUUGUCAUCAUUAAUAGCGAUUUUGCAGGAUUGA